AUGACAUACAAUGUUGCUUUAGGGUCUGACAAUCCAUUCUUCAUGAGAUCUCCUAGUAGAAGACAUCUUAAGAUGGUUCAAUUACAUGGGAGAGACCACCGAGGAGAUCUGUCCCUUCAGUUAAGAUGGUUCAAUUACAUGGGAGAGACCACCGAGGAGAUCUGUCCCUUCAUAGGUCCACCACAAUCAUUUCACCAGUAUAACAAUGCGUGUCCUCAUUAUACCAUAGAGAACUAUUUAAAGUACUUCCCUUGCGACGACACUGGGGUAAAUAGCUCAUUGAUGGUGCAUUUGAAGAUAGCUGGACCUUUCCUCAUACUUUUUACACUGAAUUACACAUAUCAUGAUCUAAACCAUGCGACUCAAGUAUAUGAGGGUGGUCAUGUAAUAGAUAACGAGAAUAACCAUUUAUUAGUUAGCGAGAAUAAUCAUUUAGUAGUAGUCGUUGGGUCGGGAUGUUUGAGAGGGAUUGAGUACUGGCUCUAUCUAAAUAAUUGGGGACCACGGUGGGGUCGCAAUGGGAGAGGCAUGAUUGCAAAAUGUUUUGUUCCACUUACGGAACGUUUUGCAUUCAUGUCCCUCCUAUAG